AUGGCCUCAAAAGUUUACGGAAACUGCCCAGAGCGCAGAGACUUCAUUGAUGCCAUUGAGUAUUUAAAGGACCCAUGGAACAAAGAGAAACUUCAACGCCUGCUGAGUGAUGGAUCCUGGGAGAGAUUUGUGGCUGCAGCCAAGCUGUUUAGGAAUGAUGCAGAUGCACUCUAUGCAGACUUGAGCCAGCUUAAAACAUUCCUGACCAUGGAAGACAAGGAGAAUAGGGAAAGGUUUAUGAAGGAGUUUCCUCAGGUCAAACAGGACCUUGAGGAACGCAUAAGAAAGCUCUACGCACUUGCUGAUGAGGUUGACAAGGUGCACAAGGACUGCACCAUCACCCAGGUGGCGGCCGCUUCCAUAGGCACUGUGUCUGGCGUUCUGAGCAUCGUUGGCGUGUGUCUGGCACCUUUCACAUUCGGGGCUAGUAUGGCAAUUACAGGAGCUGGGUUGGCACUGGGGGCAGCAGCUGCUGUGACUGGUGUGACUGCCAAUAUCAUGGAAAUAAAAAAGAGUUGGUCAGCAAAAGCCAAAGCCAAGUGCCUCGUGUCAACUGGCAGCAACACAGAGAAGGUAGUCAAGGAGGUUCUAAGUCUCAUCACACCAAAAAUUGCUUCCUUAGCAGAGAAGUGCUUCUUACAACUGAAAGGCAUUCUGAAGAAAGCUGAUGUCCUCAAUGCAGAGGAAUCCAAUUCUAUCAUUCUAGAUAAGGUCUCGGGCUUUAAGCGCAUAGGGACAGUCUUUGCUCAAUCCGGCCUCCAGGCGAUGAAAGCUUUUGGCAAAGGAGCCAGAGUCUUUGGUGCAGCCACGGCAGGUGUAUUCCUUAUCGUGGAUGUAGUGGACCUGGUGGAAAAUUCAAUACACUUACAUAAGGGCGCAAAGGCUCAAUCGGCAGGAGAGUUGAGGCAGCAGGCCCAGGAGCUGGAGAAGAGGUUGGAACAACUCACCCUCAUUCAUGAAAGUCUCCAGGAGGACCUGACUCCAUGA